AUGGCAGCCCAACACACAUGUCUGGUAAGAGUUAAUUUAUAUCUUUUUGAUGAGAAAAGUGGUCAAUACGAAGAUUAUGGGCCGGUGGGUUGCACAAUUAUCGGUACACUUUCCGAUCCUCCCAUUUAUAAAAUGGGUUGCUAUGACGAAAGGAGUGAGUACCUGUGCACUGCAGUUAUUACUUCCAACAAUGAAACGGGUGCGUGUAUCGCACUACAAGAAGGAGGAUACGUAUCUUUUAAGGAUGAGCAAGGGAGGUGCUGGUCUAUGCUUUUUGAAGAAGAGGAUGAGGCGAUUAAGUUCUGUGCGCAUGUAACUGUAGCUAUGUACGGUGUGUCUGGCUCUCCGGAGCAGAGUAUUAUUGCUUGUGAUGUUACCAUGGGGAAUAGGGAUCGAAUUAUCCUCGCUAACGAUCAAGUGAAGGUUCGUUAUAUUUGUUGGGUUAUCCAAGCUGAAAAUCCGCGAAAAGAACUUCCCACACUCGGAAGCAAGUUGGAUGGAAAUCUUCACGACGAUAAACCGGUUGCAUUGUGUGUUCCAACAAACCACCUCAGUGUUACACCAGACAUGAGGGGGUUUGAGGGUAUGCUUAUUGGAAUGACUGAGAAGGGGUCUCGUUUCGUAGUGGUACCCUCGAAGGUCAGGCGUGGGGCAGGGGCACAGGUGCAUACCUGCUUUUUCAUGCACGUGGUAAAGAAAAAGGAUACUUUGACCGGUGAAGGAAACAAUAGUGGGGUUGUUCCCUUUCUGACUUCGCCUUCCAACAUGUCAGGUCAAAAAGCUGAUGGAGUAAGUAACUUGAGUCCUGAUGCGGCUUACGCGGUGCCUCCACCACCGGCUGGCUUUAACAGGGAGCAACUAUCAGCUGUUGACCGGCUUCGCGACUGCGCCGAACUGCUCACGAGGCAACUGCAGAGCAUUCGCCAGCAACUCGAUGUCUUCAUGAACGAUGUCAAGCUCUUUGAACGCGACACGAAGCCUCACAGUUUGUCUAGCGCCCAAGUCGAGUAUUCAGUACAGAAGCUCAUGAGCGACACUGAGCAGAACAAAGAACUACUUUCCCAGAAGGAAAUCACCCUGAAGCAAAUGGAGGAGAAAAAUAGAGAUCUACAAAAGAAAGUUGAGAAAUUUAGCGCAACAACCAACAUGCUUGCUGAAGAGAAAAAAAGUACUAUUAAUUUGCUUAACGAAAAUAAAUUGGAUUUGGACCGAAGGUUGGCAGACGCCCAGGCUCAACUUACGAGAAUUCAUUCCGAACGCGAAGAUGUUUCUCGUCAUUUGUCUUCAAUAAAGCAACUCCUUCACGUCACUGACCAGGACAUUAAGACCGAGAAGCGAAGCCUACAAGUUGCAUCAGUUGUGUUGCAGACUAAUAAGGCGAAGCUCGCGGCAGCUGAAGCAGCCCAUACAGAGGAGAGCUCGCGUCGGAAAAUUAUGGAAUCAAACGCCACGACUCUCAACGAUCAGCUGCGCAGUAUUACAGACGACAUUCGUCUGAAGGAAGGUCAGAUAGAGGAGCAGAGGCAGAAGAUAGAGAGUGAUAAGCUUCACUACGUGCAGUUAAUAGAAGAUGAGCGUGGCAAGGGUGCUGAGGAUGUUCGUGAGUUGCGGCAGGAGCUACUUGAGGAGCUGUCUGUACGUGAAAGAAGGUACCAGGAGGAACGGCAAAGGGUUGCACAAGAUUCUUUUGAGAGAGGGCGCUUCCAGGGCAUUGAGGAUGCCCAGAAUGAGGCUCUUGUGGAGGCCGACGCGGCUACACAAGAAUUAUCCAUCACCAUUCAGCGACGGAAAGCUGAGUUAAACGCCAUGUGUGUGCGUUUAAGGGUGGCAAAGGAGCAAAAUGAGGCGGACGAGUGCCGAGUGGGGGCUCAAGUUGUAGUGUUGGAGAAGACGAUCAGCACGGUUACGGCACAGAACACGCAGAUGGAGGUGGAGUUGAAUUCUUUGAAAACAGCGGCAGACAGAGUUGAAAGUGACGUAUUCGCGAGCAUGAGGUCAACAGUCGAAAAGCUUUCGCACCCAAUUGGUCGGGAUGACCUGCUGGCACUAAUUCACUCACUGCGGAUGAACGAAAACGUUAGCUACGAUUUCGAGACAAAACGUGAAGAGGAAAGGCAGGCUGCGAUUGACCGGGAACGCAGGGAAGUUAUGGAAUGGGUUUCUGGGACGAUAAAGGGUGACAUUGUUCGUUUCCCGCCUACACAUGUGCCGUACUUUGCCGAUGGUGUAGAGCUAAAUUCGGGUGGAACUGGGCCACUAGAAGAGGGAGGACAGCUCAGCCAUAUAGUGGAACUGAGGUUCGAUGACAUCAACAAUGCCAAGGAGUCCGAGAAAUGCUGUUUAGACGACGUUAAUGCGCUUUAUCGUUCGCUUCUGCUCGAAAUCACUUGUGGGAAGUCCCUGUAG